GGGCGGUGCUGGCUAAGCGGUCAAACUCAGUCCACACGGAGAGCUCGGCUUGGCUAGAGGCUAUCCAGAGCUGCUGGUCAACGAUCAUUGAUCCACGAGAGUUGUCAAACGUCGAGUCCCUGGUGUGAUCGAUGUGCCUCGCGCGCGUCCUAAUUUGAAGUUGACCGUCGGCGAACUCUUCGAGCAAACUCCGGAUUCCGAAUUCGUAAGAAACUAUGUGCGAGUCAGUGAAGAGUCAUUCGUGAAGUAGUGAACUACGUCGAGCUUCUAUCGUCCGUCGCGGAAUGAGCGGAUAGUUCUCAGACUACAGAUAUCAAGGCACCGUUAUUGCGGAUCUCACCAGUGCUAAUCGAUACGAACGUGAUCGAUUGACGUCUAAGAAUGACAGUAAUAAGGAUGACCUCGCCGGUGACGCCUGCAUCGACCAGUCCGGACUCGCCAGAUGAGGCUCAGGCAUUGCAGGCAAGUCCCAAACCGGCUCAUCGAUUGAGUUUCUCCGUCGCGGCUCUGCUAGCGGACACCAGAAAAACGUCGGAUUCCUCGACGAGGCAGAACGCGAUCCUAACAUCACCCAGAUCGUCACCGAUCGUCUCGUACCCGAUUCGACAGGAACCUCGUAUGUUGAAGCAUCCGUGCGAUUUCAAAACGUCGAGAUAUAUUUUGUCAUCGUCGCCCAACCUCAAUCAAGAAACCAGAUUGAUUCAUUGUACCUCUCCUCACAAUACUUCGGAAUCCAGAACACCACCGAGGUAUCACGAAGCGAUCGACUAUGCCUGCAAUAUCGAGUCACCCGGCAGACGAUCGACCUCUGGUAGCAUCGACUAUCGCAUGCAUCCAUCCACGGACGUCAGUACUACACCGGAACCCAUAGUAGGUUGUUCCUCGUCUCCGAAGAUCAUCGGCAACCAUCAGGAUGCCGGUUCGCAAUCACCGAGAAGCAGCUCCCACGGCGAAGCCCGCUCGAGGUGUUCAGAAACGGAUGAUAUCGAAGAGGACGACGAGAGCAGACUGGUUGACGUGGAGGAUCUUCAGCAUCCGUCCAGCCCAACCCCUAUUAGGCCGACACCGGCCUAUCUCGGCGGUUUUGCCACCAUCGGCGGUAUCCCGGAGAUCCCGCCUGGUUUUCACUCUGCAGUUUGGGGCGGCGGACAUCAGAAUGCAGUUGCGGCGGCCGCGGCCACGGCUACAUUCUUCCCUUCUCAUUUCUCUCAUCAUGCUCCUCUAAACGAGAACGGCGAGCCAGCCAAGAUUAAGUGCAACCUGAGGAAGCACAAGCCAAACCGAAAGCCCAGAACGCCCUUCACGACCCAGCAGUUGCUAGCCCUCGAGAAGAAGUUCAGAGAGAGGCAGUACUUGAGCGUCGCCGAGAGGGCAGAGUUCUCGUCGUCAUUGCACCUCACGGAGACACAGGUGAAGAUCUGGUUUCAGAACCGACGUGCCAAGGCGAAGCGUUUGCAAGAAGCAGAAAUCGAGAAGUUGAGAAUGUCAGCUGUAAGACAGCAUCAUACGGCGCUCUACGGCUCACACCCGGGAAUCUUAACUCCCGCGGGACUUUAUUCCGUAGGAAUGCUGUCUCAUCCCGGGCUGACAUCUCAUCACGCAAUCGCUCAGCAUCCCGCGAGGGAAUGAGAGCAGUAACGUUCGAUACCGAUUAGAAAUCACUGAAAGGAUCUGUUAUCGAAUCUCGUAUCCCGAGGAAUGAUUUUUUUUGGCUGCGCGAAAAGGGCAGACUUAAAAAUUACAAUGCAAUUGCAAUAUGUGGAUAAAUGAUCUUAAAAUGAUCUCGAAGAGAGAGAGAGAGAGAGAGAGAGAGAGAGAGAGAGAGAGAGAGAGAUCGCCAUUGGCUUUACAGUAUUAGUUUAAAGAAGUAAAGGCUCACAAAUCUGUUAAAAAAUUCAUCUGUGCCAAUGUUGCCUGUCUUGAAAAGGUUGGAGGUUGUUGUAAAUAGAAUUGUAAAUAUUGCUCAUGCACCACGCGUUAACUACUUUGUACAUACAUAAAUACCUAGUGACUAUUCGAGAAAUGGGGUUGCAUUUGCAUCGCUGAAUGCAAAUAAUAAAACGAAUGAAUCUCAGUAAUAUGAAGAAAAUUCUUUUUCCAAUUUUGUAUAAAUGUAAAGCAAACGUAACGACGAUCAGGAGAAUUUAUUUAAUAAAUUGUA